AUGGGCCUUCUCUUCUCAACUCUUCAUCCUGCGGUAAAGACUGUUCAGCGGAGACAGCAGACACCCCCUGCUGCGUCGCUCCAAGUGGAAUCCACCGGAGGAGCCCACAAUUCCGGCGACGGCCCCAUCUCUCGAGCUUUACCAUUAAGGCUAAGCAGCGCUGUGGUAACCAUCAUACAAAGCGCUCCCGACUUCAGCGCCGCCUCCGAAUCCGAUUCCGCCAGCACUGCUACCCUAUAUAUAGUCGGGAUCGCAAUUAUCAACCCUCUGCACGGGCUGGACCAUAGCGAGCAAGGAGUUGACACUAGUUGUGAUGACGGUGCUGCCGGGUGGGUUGACAACGGUAAGGGCGUGGAGGCCGAGGUUCAGGACAAAGAACUUGAUGAAGGCAAUCUAGUCGGCUGGCCUGCAGAAGCUGUUGCCACGCCCGAAGCUUGGUGGGGUAUUGGCCAUCGGGGUCAGGAGUGA